GUCAGAAAUAACCUCCACGACUGAGAAAGGGUGGCAUCAUAGAGAGAUUGGGAUCGUAAACGGGACAUGUUAGUGAGAGAAACUUACACUUCUUGUUCCGGAUAGGCUCCAAAGCAGGCUUCAAUUGUCCAAUUUAACAAGUUCAGCGGCUCAGCGCGGUGGAGUGUGCAGGAAGAAGUAUUUAUUGUAUAUUGUUGCUAUAAUAAGAUCAGUAUGAGUGAGGAGGGAACGGUCAAGGAAGCUUCCAAUGGUAAUAGCUUGCCAGAGAAAACAGUAGAUGACAUUAAUGAAAAGAAUGACUUGGAAGCUGACGGAAGAAAAGUUUUGAAAAAUAAUGGAAUUAAAGAUUUGAAAAAGGAUGGUGUGAAGGAAGUAGAAGAGGAUAAAAAAGAUGGCAAUGCAAAAGAACUAGAAGAGAGUGAGAAAGAUGUUGAUUUAAAAGAAGCGGAAGAUAAGAGGGAUGAAAAUGGAUCUGUGGUUGAAAAAUUGGAUGAAGAGGCAGAGGUUAAGGAAACUAAGGAAAGUGGAGCAGUGAAAGAAAAAGAAGCAGCUGAGAACUCCAAAAUUGAUGCAAUGGAAGAAGAGGCUUCCCCCAACAACAACGAGGAGGCUGACAAGGAGGAACCUGAAGAAGUAGAAGAGGAGAACGAUGAGGAGGAGAAAGAGAGCAAGGAUAUAAUUGAUAAGCCAAGAGAAAAUGAGGAAAAAGAUAGCAAAGUUAAGAAAGGAUCAAAAAAGCAUGCAAGGGAGAAGAGUGAUGGGGAGAAAGUGAAAGAGAAAAGAAAGAAACUGUCAGAGGUGGAGCCAAGGACUCCUACUAUUGAUCGCCCGGUACGUGAAAGAAAAUCAGUGGAGAGGUUGGUAACAUCAUAUGAAAAAGAUGCAUCAAAAGAAUUUCACAUUGAGAAGGGCCAUGGUACACCUUUGAAAGAUAUACCCAACGUGGCAUUUAAAUUAUCUAGAAGGAAGCCUGAUGAAACCUUCAGAUUGCUCCAUACCAUUCUUUUUGGAAGGAGAGGGAAGGCACCGCAGAUUAAGAGUAAUAUAUUAAGGUUUUCAGGUUUUGUGUGGCGUGAAAAUGAGGAAAAGCAACAAAUGAAAGUAAAAGAAAAACUCGACAAGUGUAACAAAGAAAAGUUAUUGGAAUUCUGUGAUGUGCUUGACAUACAAGUUAACAAGGCAACAACCAGAAAGGAAGAUAUCAUUACGAAGCUAAUAGAAUUUCUGGUGGCUCCUCAUGCUACAACAACUGUCCUACUUGCAGGAAAGGAGAAGUCGAAUAGGAGCAAAAAGCGCACACGGGUUGAGAAAAGAGGCUCAUCAGCAUCUUGGAUCACAACUUCAAAACGUUCUGCCAAGAGUCGGAAGAAAAAAGAGGAUUCUUCAGCUGUGGAGGAGAGGAAGAGUACUUCUGAUACAGAAGAUGAGUCAGAGGAAGAAGAGAAGGAAGAGAAGGAAGACGAAGAGAAUGAGCAGAAUGAAAAUGGUGUUCCUGAUAAAUCUGAGGAGGAGAGGCCAGAGGGUUCUGGAAGUGAGGAGAAAAAUGAUUCUGGAAAUGAAUCUGAAGAUGAAGAAAAACAGAAGAAGGCUACAAAAGCAUCGUCCAUAAAAAAAGAAUCCUCUGCAAAAAUUAAAGCCAAGAAAGUUACUUUUACGAAUAAAUCUCACUUAACAACAAGGAGAACACCUAAGAAAUCAGCAUCUACCCCGUCAAAGGUUACUGAUGACAGUGAUGGAAGUCCAAAGGUCUUUUCAAGGAAGAAGAAAAAUGAAAAGGGGGAAAAGCAGAAGUCUUCAGUCCUCACUAAGUCAUCUUCCAAAGAGAAAACUGCAGAAAAGGCAGUUAAGGGAAAGGGCAAGAACAAAGAGAAGGUGAUCCCCAGUGAUGAACAGUUGCGAGAUGCAACAUGUGAAAUCCUUAAAGAAGUUGACUUCAAUACAGCAACAUUUACCGACAUUCUGAAGCAGCUGGCAAAGCGGUUUAAUGUGGAUCUCACCCCAAAAAAGGCAGAUAUAAAGCUCAUGAUUCAGGAAGAGCUCACAAAACUGGCUGAUGCGGCAGACGACGACGACGGAGAGGAAGAUGCUGAGAAAGAUGAAACCCAGCCUACUGCACCGGAGGUUAAAGCAUGACUGAGAAUCACAAGUGACUGUUUGGAGAUAGGCGUAAUAGCAAUGUAACUUUAAUCUCGCUUGGGUUUCACGUGGUAGUUAGUCUUUUGCACAGUAAAAGGGACUGUAAUUUAUCUUUAGCGUCCAAUCUAUGUCAAAAUUUAGUGGAGGCUUUUGGUGGGCUGUCAGGAUGCAGCUUCUUGUGUACAUCAACAGAUUGUACCUAUCGUUAAUGUAACUGCUGACCAGCACAGGUUUCAACAAUCUUGUCCAGUUUAAUAAAAGUAUUUCGACUUGAAAGUAA